AAGAAAUUUAUAAGAUGCUAUCGCAGCGGCGAUGGAAGCGGAAAGACGAGUCUAUGCACCGUUACGUUCUCAGUAUGCAGGCAUUGGCAAAGCGUGCUAACGUUUCCGAAAUGGAAUUUAUAGAUUUCAUCAUUGACGGUAUUGGGAAUGUACCCAACAUGCAGAUUCUUUUGACGGCACGUACGCUAGAUGAGUUGAAGACCAUUAUAGGUAGAUAUCAACAUAAAUAUUUCGUGGUCAAUACAUUGAACACGAAUACGAAGCAAGUGACAACAACAACAAAUAUGAGACAACAAUCAGCAACGAACGUAAAGCAACCAGCUGGGACUUCUAAGCCGAGGACAAACAUACAACAAGCAACGCUCUGCUACAAUUGCUCGCGUUAUGGGCACACCAAACCCAGUUGCCCAUAUCCACUUCGUCCAGAUGGUUCUUGUUUCCGUUGCUGGCGAAUGGGCCACGACCACCGUAAUUGCCCGAAUCCAGCAAAAGUUCUGAAACCAAGGGAGGAUGUUGCGUUUGUAGCAGAUGAAGCAGCAUACAAUGAGGAUGUCAUCGACGAGUUUAAUUUUUCCGGUUAGUUUUGUAAAGGAGUCGAUGGUCCCAAAACAGUUGGAGCAUGCAAGUAUAAAGGCAUCGGAGGAAAAAGAAUAACCGUACUUUUUAAAAUUACAUGUAUAAUUGAAUUUUCUAAUAAAAAGAGUGAAAUUGAAUUGAACGUUAUUUCAAAUGAAGGUAUGACCAUACCACUUAUUUUGGGACGAGACUUCCUCCGGUUAUUUAAUAUAAGAUUAAGAGGUAUCACAAAGAAAUAUUCUAGAAGUGAAUUAUUAGAAAUUAGAG